AUGACCUCCAUGGUGGCGCCAGGCAGCGAAAUCAAUCAGGAGGGCGGUGGCUCGGCCUUCAAGUCCCCCUUCGACAAGGGGCGCCGGGCAUGGAGAAGAAAGCAGCCGGAGGAAAGCCCUCAGUCAAGCCCCACAUCUCCAUCAGGACGCUUGCCCCAGUCGGAUGCCGAUAUGGCGGCCAUGGUUACGCAGUUCAUGAACGUCACCAAUGCCUCCCGCCUGGUGGCGAAGGAAUGUCUGGAGAGAAGCGGCUGGGAUAUGCACCAAGCUGUGAUGCAGCAUUUGGGGGCGGAAGGUAGACCACGGGACGACAAGCCUGGAUGGACAGAGCGCAAGUCCAGGGUCGACCAGGUGGUGUCCAUCUCGAAGGUGAGCGAGAGACAAGCUGAGGAGCUUCUAGAGAAGUGCCAGUGGAACGUGGAAGCGGCCCUCGAGAAGUUCUUCACCGAGACCCCGAGUGCUCCGAAGCCCAAGCCCAGCGGGCCCAGCGCCGCGCCCAAGGCGCGCGCCGGGCGCGCUCCGACGCCUAGCUCCUCAAGCGGUUCUGAGGAGUCUGAUUCAGAAUCUGAAGAGGAGAGGGAAGCUGGUGGUAAAGGAGGAGGAAAAGCCGGCUGGCCACAAAGCAAUGGCAAAGGCUGGGAGAGCGCUGCCGCCUGGCCAGGAGGCGACAACGGAGCCGGGGGCUGGCCGAGUGCAGGGCCGGCCCAAGCGCCGCCAUCCCAAGCGCCGCCAUCCCAAGCGUCCGGAUGGCCGAGCAAAGGUGCAUCGGGCUUCGGCAAGGGCUCGGCGGGCUUAGGACCGGCCCCGGACAGCUUUGGCUCGGCACCUGGCUGGGGCUCCAGGGACACCGGCUUCGGCGCGGAAGCCUCGGGCUUUGCUGGAGCUGGAGGCGCAGGAGGCAACCCCUUCGGCGGCGGCGGUGGCGGCGGCGGCGGCGGAUUCGGCGGCGGAUUCGGCAGCCAGGCACCCCGAGCACCAUUUGGAGGCGCUCAGGGCUUCAAGGGCGCUGGAUCUCAAGGACCAGCUCCCGGAGAUGCCUUUGGCUCCGCGCCUGGCUGGGGGGGCUCCAGGUCUGGCUUCGGCGACACCGGUUUCGGCGGCCCCUCGACGCCACGAACUGCAGGGGGUGCAGGUGGCAACCCCUUCGGCGGUGGCGGUGGCGGCGGCGGCGGCGGCGGCUUUGGCGGCGGCGGAUUUGGCAGCGGAGUCGGCAGCCAGGCACCAAGACCGCCUUUCGGAGGCGGAUCUCCGGGCUUCGGCAAAGGUGUUGGAUCUCAAGGACCAGCACAGGGCGAUGCCUUCGGCUCGGCACCUGGCUGGGGCUCCGCGAGGCCCGGCUUUGGACAGUCCUACGGGGAGACCGGCUUCGGCGGCCAAGCCUCGACGCCCCGGGGAGCUGCAGCAGGCAACCCCUUCGGUGGCGGCGGCGGCGGCGGUGGCUUCAGCGGUGGCUUCGGCAGCCAGGCACCCAGACCGGCGGGACCAUUUGGAGGCCAAGGCGUCGCAUCGAAUGGCUGGCGAUAG